UGCUUGGGCCAUGCAUCACACACCCAGCACAGGAUAAAAGGGCUCCUGCCCUGGGCUCCUCAUCCACAGCAUCCUCAGCAACAGCCUUCUCCCGCCUCCCCUGCAUUGGCUUACCGCCCUCCUGCCGAGAUGUCCUGCCAGCAGAACCAGCAGCAGUGCCAGCACCCUCCCAAGUGCCCCCCACCCAAGUGCCCCCCAAAGAGCCCUGCACAGUGUUUGCCUCCAGCCUCCUCGGGCUGUGCCCUGCCCUCCGAGGGCGGCUGCUGCCUGGGCCACCACAGGCGCCGCAGGUCGUGGCGAUGCCGGCGCCAGAGCUCCGACUCCUGCGACGGGGACCAUGGUCUGCAGUCCGGGGGCUCUGGCUGUGGCCAGGGCUCUGGGGGCUGCUGCUGACCUGGGAUCCUGGUGCUGAGACAUGCGAUUUCAGAGGAAACAAGAAUCCAAGGACCUUGUCAGCCUCGUGCGUUCCCUCCCAAUGCCCCAGUCUCUGAGCCCUCAGUCAGCACCGAGAUGCCCCUAGAGAAUGGCUGAGCCCUCUGCAGCGGCUCAUCCUAUCCAGCCUCUGGGAGCCCACUGGAGGCCCACCUCAUCUCGGCCAGAACUUGCAGUAUCUGCCCCAUCAGUUGUCAUCACCCCAUCAGACCCUAUGAAAGAAUAAAAUUUCAUUUCCUCAGCACCCCUAGGUUCUCUGUGAC